UCUGAAAGUAGCGGGUACUGAAAUAUCAAUGAGUCGCAGUCGUUGGGCUCAACUGAAUAUCUGCCCAAACACAACAAGUUUGGUGUUCAUAGCGUUCGGAACGUGGACGGAACUCAGCUCUGCCGGGAACCGCAUUUGCGUCAUAUCAGCAAGCCUUUUUGACCACAUUCCAGUUGGGAUUCGUUCGGACCCAGCUCACUAAACUGACAAUGAAGUAUUUCGGCGGUGUCGAAGGCGGAGCCACCCACUCCAGAUUGGUCAUUUGCGAUGAGAGCGGCCAGUCCGUGGGCUCCACCAGCGGUCUGGGCACCAACCACUGGGGCAUCGGAAUCCCGGAGUGCGCCCGUCGCAUUGCCGACAUGGUGGAACGAGCCAAGGAGGAGGCAGGCAUUCCUAAGGACACGCCCCUAACCAGCUUGGGCUUAAGCCUUAGUGGCUGUGAACAGGAGGCUACAAAUCGCGAACUGGAGCAGGAGCUGCGCACCACGUUCCCGAACUUGGCGCAGAACUACGCCGUCUCUAGCGACACCGUGGGCAGCAUGUACACCGCCUCCUCGAUUGGUGGAAUGGUGCUUAUAUCGGGAACAGGAUCCAACUGCCUGUUGCGCAAUCCCGACGGAUCUACGUCCAGUUGCGGUGGCUGGGGAAACUUCCUCGGCGACGAGGGGAGCGCCUGGUACAUUUCGUAUCGCGCGGUGAAGGUGGUAUUCGACCACAUGGACAACUUUGAAAAGUCGGCGGCUCCUGUGGAGAAGACUUGGGCCCUGAUUAAGGAACACUUUAACCUGGAGACGCGACUGGAUAUGCUUCCCCACUGCUACGCCAAGUUCGACAAGCCCUUUUUCGCCAACCUUUGCAAGAAACUGGCUCAGAAUGCUGAGAAUGGCGACGAACUGGCACGUGGCUUGUUCCGGGAGGCUGGCGUGCACCUGGCCCGAAUGAUCCUUUCCCUGUUGCCCAACGUCCACAAAGAUCUUGUUAAGUCCGGCGACCUAAGUGUGGUGUGUGUGGGUUCGGUGUGGUCCAGUUGGAAUCUGCUGCAGGAAGCUUUCAUCGCUGAACUGUCUAAGACAAGCAUCGACUUUAACCUGAAGCUGGUUCAAAUCACGAAGAGUAGUGCCUACGGAGCUUGCUACUUGGGAGCAGAUAGUGCGGAAUUCGAUUUUCCAAGGAACUAUGCGGAUAACGUUACAGUCCUGUACACCUACAUUGAUCCCCGAAACAAAGUUAAGGCCACCAACGGCGUGGCCGCAAUUCCAUCUAGCUGUUAGAAAUUGUAUUAGACACCCAUUCCGAAAUACACAUCCAAGUUGCCAAUUAAUUUCCCUGUUAGUGGUACGGAUGUAAAGUAUUAUAUGGAUAACAUAAUAUAUCGUGGAUUAGAUAAAAAACAACUCUCCCGUUCCUAAAAUUAAGUUUUCGAGCGGAUUUGUAUGGGUUUGUAAGAAAUACGUAUGAAAAUUUUAUUCGAUAAUGUUCAUUGUAUUAAUUGUAUGUGUCUCAAUGUUGGCUGUCGUGUCUUCAUACACUGUGCGGCAUCUAUUUCAUAAUACUUUGAUUGUGUUUAAAGCCAAUUAGUUUUUAUUUCGCCGUGCUGUCAUCAAUUCUUUGGCUAAUUUGAUUCUCAAAUCGGGGAGCAAAACAAAAAAGUUUUUGUUUGAAGCGAAGGAAAACAGGAUGCCAAACAUAAUAUCUUAGGGAGCUUAGAUUAGAGUAUUUGGGAUAAUGUACGAGUAGUUGAAUUGAAUGCCUUGGCUGGGAGUUUAAUAUUACUUCUAUAUAAUUGCUUGGAAAAUACAUUUUACGUACUGUAUGAUUGAAAGCGACAUAUCAAAAGAGAUUUCAAAUAAAAUCGAAUUCAAAUGCAA